CGUCUCCCGUCGCAUCACAACCACGUGGCCUAGUGAAAGUGGAGUCGGAUUCCCUAAUCGCCGCGUUGUCUUUUCCUAACUCCUCAUGAACUUUCCUAACCAUCUUCCCUUGUCCCUAUGGCGUCUCCCACUGUAGGACUGUUCGAAUACAGUCAACGUGAGAGCGAGAGCAGUCUGCUACUACACUAAAAUAAAGAGGAAGAGGAGGAUCUGAUGGAAGGUGACAUCACAGUGAGCCAAGCCAACAGGAAGUUACCUGCUAUCACAGGAACUACCCGAAGACUCAAAGAUAACGCAGCCGACUGGCACAACCUGAUGGCGAGGUGGGAAAAACUCAACGAGGACGGAUUCACUGUGGCAGGAAACAUAGUGGCCAUCGCACUGACACGUCCUACGAGUGAUCAGCUGCUGGGAGUGGACGAGUCUUCAUCACCUCCGCCACCAUCACCUGUGUCAGGUGGAGCUGCAGAGCUGCAGGAUGAAUGCUGCAAGCUGCAGGAUGUCAUUGACAAAAUGGUGGUGGUGGUGAAGAAGAUGGAACGUCUUACAGCACUGCAGCAAGGAGUUCAAGAUCUGGAGGAGUUUCAGUUUGGACUUGAAGGAAGGAAGAUUCCUCUGUUUCACAGCUGGAACGCCAAACACUUCAAGGAGUCGUCUUGUGUCCUGUUGGAAUCCUUCAGUCAGGAGCUGAAGCUGAAGCAGACCAUCUUGCAGGAACUCGCCCACACUGCAACCUCUGACCUCAGCAUGAUCUAUAUGUCCUGCUGGCUGCAUCAGCCCUUCAUCACACCCCAGACCAGACUCACCCUGGAGGCUGUGCUUUUGGAGACGGGACACCACCCUCUUUGAUGCGUUUAGUCCCCAGAGUCAUGUGAAUUCAUUUGCUUCACCCAUCUUAAACAGGUAGACAGAUAUGUAGUUCCUGAUGCUCUGCGGAUCAGCUGAUGUCCCUUACCAUAUGAGCGGAGCGCCGCGAUGCGAAUGUUUCAGAUCAGUUUCAUAUUGUUCAGAAUUUCAAAUGUGUACGUUACAAUUGUAUGACUCAUUGAGUCAUUGACUUGAGUUAAUUAUUAUUAUCCAGGGCAGCAGGCUUAGAUAGGAGUUCAUAAGGAGCCUUAGAACCAAAUCGUCUGCAGAGAGCACGGAAGCCGCUCCAGCCACCCAAAGGUGACAAAGACCAAAUAUCACAAUACAGCUCUCAAUGUGCUCAUGCAAGGUCUCUUAGAAAUGACCUCGAAACCCUGAAUUCCUGCAGUAUGUCCUCCCAACACUCCACCGACAGGACUCCCCGAGGUAUAUAAGGUCAUAAGACUACAAGUCCCCAAAACGUUAUUAGACUGGAGGGUCAAACUCCCACAAUACCCAAAUAGACCUGCAGUGAGCUGAUAAGGGAUUAGGCAUCGCUCCUCCGGGAUCCGAGGCUUGAUACAAAGCUCCCUUUGCUCCAACAAGUUGUUAAUGGCCAAUCAAUGAGCAGCACUAUUGGGUUUAGAUCACCGCGUCCACAGCACCCUCACAUCCGCAUGGCAUCACUCCAGGAGAAGAUGGAUUCCACUUGGUACUGCUCCACCACCAGAGAGCUAAUCUGCGAUGACAGGGGUCUACAGAAGACCCCCCCCGAUGGCUCUGGGGUCAAGCCGUGUCUCCUCCAUCACCGAGGGUGUGGGCCUCUCCCGGCACCCUUCCAGAAGCUGUUGCUACGGGCAACACGACUCUCAGGCUCUGAUUCAUUAAAUGUUCAUCUUGUGAAAUCACAA